UAACACUCUGAACAUGGACAACGCAUGUCAGCCAAAAAUGACCGAAGCUGUGUGUAUCAGCGGAUACAUUCACGAUGUUUCUCCGGUAAAAACGUCGAAACGAAACAAUAAAUAUUUCAAUGCUGUUUGUCAAAAUGGAAGAGAUGAGUACCAUGACAUAGUCGUCUUCACCGCCGACAAACAUGGAACAUUCACCUCAGCAGCGGGAAAUAAAACGGCUAUUAAAAUGAACAACGUGAAAAGAGAACUGAAAAACCAAGACUACGUCAUCAUGUGCAACCGCCAGACAACCAUAGAUGUCACAAACUUGACAUUCGAAUAUAGGAAAAACAAGAUGACGACACAACUGACCAUAGCUCAAUUAAAAGAAAUGGAUUCACAUCAGAUGAUACCAAGGCUAUCUGCACAUGUUUGCCAUGUUAACACCUGCACAGAGAUCAUCCAGAACAACAAUAACGACUGUGAAAUAAAGAAAUGUGAAAUUGCUGACCAAACAGCUACAAUACAACUUGUACUGUGGGAGUCCUACAUGGAUAAAGUUCUAAACAAAACAUCCUACAAUUUCACAGAUCUUGCCACAAGAAUGUAUAAUGGUGAAAAAUACUUGACCACAACUCGCUACACUACAGUCACUGCGUUGGACACACCAAUAGCUAACACCAUUGCACCAAACACUGCUGCCCAAGAAACUUCUCUGCUGGAAAUGACAUCAACCAUAGAAGGUGUAAAAUCAACCUGAUGAAACAGUGUCCAAAGUGUCACGCCACUCAGAAAGAUUUUCAGCCCAAAGAUCACUACCACCGAUGUCUAUCAUGCAAAUUCCUACGGAGAUCAUCCACCUACGUAACAAAAUGCAAUGGAGUGCUAACCUUGCAAACAACACAUGGCGAGCUUGAUCUGACAAUAGGAAACUCACUGCUGAACACAUUCCUCACACAAAAACAAGACAUAGCAAACAUGGAUUCCCAAGACAUGGAAGAACAACUCAUUUCAUGCGGUGCAGUUCUUGUCACAUACACCGAUGACCUGCACAUAACAUCCAUACAAGAAGCUUCAAUUUGCACGCAAAGUACAAAUAUACAACCUUGCCCUGUCUCUUCUACACCCGAGAAACAAACUGAAACUCAAGAAAUGACAACGCCUCCUCCCCUGACUACAACACCCAAAAAACGUUCCAAACCUCAAGAAACAGCAACCAGUGCUGUCCUCUGUACAACACCCACAAAGCUAACCAGAAGUGAAAACCUUGCUGCCAGCCCUACCCUUACUACAUCACCCAACAAGCAAGUCAAAGAUGAAGAAAUGGAAAAGUCAACUCCCAUGACAAGUGAUGACGACAUCGCAAUAGAUGAUAUAUCACUUUUGUUCAAAGACUAAAGGUUGUAAAUUCAACAUCUUUCUACAUCCUUUCUUCAGUUUCUUAACUAUUAUGUGUGGUUCAUUACUUAAGUAGUAAUUUUCAGGUUACAUACUCGUUUGUUUAAUCUCUUAUGUUGCCCGUAAAAGUUUACAUUUUAUAACAUGUUUACAUAUUCUUAUAUGUAUGUUUAUACAUAUUUGUUCAAACCAGUUAAAUUAGAUUAUACUUUGUCUCUUUCCUUACAUUAAGAAGUUUAUAUCUACUAAUCUAAGCAAUUAAUAGCUGAACUGUUCAGUAAUCUGACAGUAAGAACUGUCUUCAUUUUACAUGCUAUUACUGAUUUGCCCUUGUGUUCCCAAAUUUGUGGGAUAUGUCUUUCAUUGACAUCUUACAUGAGUGCUUGCACAACCAAACAUGGUAAAGCUUGAAAUGAUAAUUGCAUCAUGCACUGUGCUACUGUUUGUAUCUGUACUUGUGCAAUGCAAUGAUCAUGUCAAGCACUACCAUGUUUGAUUUGGUUCAGUUCAAACAGUCAGUAAGCAGCCAAUGAAACAUAUCCUGUGAAUUUGGGAAUACAAUGGCCAAUCACAUACAUUUGAUAAUCCGGUCAACAUCACGUAAAAUGCUGGCAAUACAUGCUGGUUUUGUCACGUUCAGUGUCAACUGGUUUAAAACACUAAUUUGCUGCUGAAGAUAAUAAUAUAUGACAUAUUUACGUAUAAUUAUAUGUAUGUGUUCACUUCUACAUAUUAGUAUUUAUGUAUGUAUGUGUUCAUACAUAUUUGUUCACAA